GCUCCAACUGGGUGGAGGCGGUGGUGGAAGCAGGCGGGGUCCUCUGCAGCCGUAAAGGCGUUAACCUCCCCGGCUGCGACCUCGUCGGCAUGCAGGCGAUCAGCGAGCAGGACGAGGCCGACCUGAGGUUCGGGGUGGCUCACGGCGUCGACAUGGUGUUCGCCAGCUUCAUCCGCUCGGCCCAGGACGUGAAGGACGUGCGUCGGGCUCUGGGGCCCCACGGGAGACACAUCAAAGUGAUCAGCAAGGUGGAGAGCCGGCAAGGAGUUCAGCAUUUUGAGGAGAUCCUCGCUGAGAGCGACGGUGUGAUGGUUGCCAGGGGCGACCUGGGCAUCGAGAUCCCCGCUGAGAAAGUCUUCAUUGCCCAGAAGAUGAUGAUUGGGCGCUGCAACUCAGCUGGAAAGCCCGUCAUCUGUGCCACACAGAUGCUGGAGAGCAUGGUGUCCCACCCACGGCCAACCAGAGCAGAGAGCAGUGACGUGGCCAACGCCGUGCUGGAUGGGGCCGACUGUGUCAUGUUAUCUGGGGAGACCGCCAAGGGACUGUUUCCCGUGGAGUCGGUCGCAAUGAUGCACUCGAUCUGCAGGGAAGCAGAGGCGGCCAUUUUCCACCAGCAGCUGUUUGAGGAACUGCGCCGCCUCACGCCUUUGUCCUGCGACCCCACUGAAGUCACUGCCAUCGGGGCGGUGGAGUCCUCCUUCAAAUGCUGUGCCGGGGCCAUCAUAGUCCUCACCAACAGCGGCAG